GCAGUCGCGGGACCGGCUCCAGCGCAGGCGCGUUGAGAUUUCGGCCGCCGGCGUGAGGAGGAGCAGGAGCAGUAUGUCGGGGCCGGGCCUGGUGGCAGGCGAGGUGGCCGUCGAUGCGCUGCCUUACUUCGACCAAGGCUACGAGGCGGCCGGCGUACGGGAGGCGGCCGGGGCGCUGGUCGAGGAGGAGACGCGGCGGUACAGGCCCACCAAGAACUACCUCAGCUACCUACCGGCGCCGGACUACGGCGCUUUCGAGACUGAAAUAAUGCGGAAUGAGUUUGAGCGUCUUGCAGCCCGACAACCCAUAGAACUGCUGAGUAUGAAGAGGUAUGAGCUGCCUGCACCCUCUUCUGGGCAGAAGAAUGACAUCACAGCAUGGCAAGAAUGUGUUAAUAACUCAAUGGCUCAGCUGGAACACCAGGCAGUUCGAAUUGAGAAUUUGGAGUUGAUGUCUCAGUAUGGCUGCAAUGCUUGGAAAGUAUAUAAUGAGCAUUUAGUUCAUAUGAUUGAACAGGCACAGAAAGAGUUACAGAGUUUGAGAAAACACAUUCAGGACCUUAACUGGCAACGGAAGAACAUGCAGCUCACAGCAGGUGCUAAACUUCGGGAGAUGGAAUCAACUUGGGUGUCUCUUGUCAGUAAAAACUAUGAGAUUGAACGAACUAUUGUGCAGCUGGAAAAUGAAAUUUCUCAAAUUAAGCAGCAACAUGGGGAAGCCAACAAAGAAAACAUCCAACAGGACUUCUGAGACUCGCCUUGACCUUGUGUUGCCAAACCCAGAAAGCUGUCUAAAGCCUAUGCACGGCUGCGUGUGUAUAGUGAAUCAGAAACUAUCAGUCUGUGUUAGAUGCUGCCUUCGCUGCAGAACAAACUGAUUACAAGGAUGAGAGUUGGUUCUUACGUAGUUCCCAGAUUUAUGGCAUGAACUUUGGGGUGGGGGUUGUGAUUUUUUUAUCAGGAUUGUCUGUAUGUUUUUUUGAGAUAUUUGAAAAUAAACACUUUUCAAUGAUA